UUUGCACAUGCGCAGUUCGAGCUUGUCGCCAGGUCAAGUCAGUCAGCUCCUUCCAGCUGUCAUUCCUCCUCAAGCCCCUUGAGGUUGACAGUCGUCUCUGCUAGCAUGGUUCUAAUCACAGGAAUCUGUACUUUUUUGUACCACUUACCUCAGAUUUACAAAUGGCUGCUGAAACCCUAUUAUAUCUGCUCUGUGUUCAUGACCGUCGCCUUCAUGCUGGUCCGAAAGGCUCCCGGUCUGUGCGAGCACCUGGCGACCCAGAGAGAGGACGGCAACUCCUGCGACUUUGACUGGAGAGAGCUGGAGAUUCUAAUGUUUCUUAGUGCAAUAGUUAUGAUGAAGAACAGGAGAGCAAUCACUCUGGAGCAGCACAUGGGCAACUUGUUCCUGUUCAGUAAAGUGGCCAACGUCAUCCUCUUCUUCAGGCUGGACAUUCGGCUCGGCAUCCUUUACCUGGCAUUGUGUGUCGCAUUCGUCAUGACCUGUAAGCCGCCUCUCUACAUGGGCCCCGAGUACAUCAAGUACUUCAGUGACAAGACCAUAGAUGAGGAGCUGCAGAGAGACAGUCGCGUAACCUGGAUCGUUGAAUUCUACGCCAACUGGUCUUCUGACUGCCAGUCUUUCGCUCCCGUCUUUGCCGACCUUUCAAUCAAGUACAACUGUGCUGGACUCAGGUUUGGGAAAGUGGACAUCGGACGAUAUGGAGAGGUUUCAGAGAAGUACAGGGUUAGUACUUCUCCACUGGCCAAGCAGCUGCCCUCACUGGUGCUUUUCCAAGGAGGGCGGGAACUGAUGAGACGUCCAAUGGUGGACAAUAAAGCCAGAGCUGUGUCUUGGACCUUCAGUGAGGAGAACAUUAUCCGAGAGUUUAAUCUCAACGAACUCUUCCAAAAAUCCAAGAAGCUGAACAAAAGCCGUGGUUUGAAAGAAUUGGAGCAGAACGACGUUCAGCCAGACGAGGUCAGCGAUGAGCUCAACGACGAGCUCGAUCCUGAAACCAACAACCUCGAGCAGCCAACAGAGAGCAAGAAAGACCAGUGAAGAGGAGGAUUCAGAGAGGGACUGCAUGAAGUCUUUCCUUUCCCUCCCACAUUGCCAAAGUCCAUAAUAUGAUGGGACGGAGAGAGGGAUAUGCUUCCAACCACUGCUAAACGUCAUGGCAACACUCUACUAGUCUUCACUGUGGCAAAUAAAUACCCAAAAUCCUGGAACAUGGUUCCUUGGUCUGACUGGGUAUGAUGCACUGUGGUUUGAAUGCAGCUAUGCAGAAGAUGCGCAAUCAUUUUGGUACAUUUUAUUAAGUUAUUUGAGAACAAAUGCCUUUUUUUGUAAUGCUUGUAUUUUGGCUACUUUCAGCAACAUCUCAUCACUGUGUGUAAACUUUUGCUGCCUGUAUUUUACAACUCGCGUGUUUACUGAUUGCCUCAUGUUUCUAAACCAAAGUAAAGGGUGAGAGGUGAAGCUGAAAUAAAGAAGAUGGCACAAUUGACGCACUCAGUUAAUCAGUUUGACCUUUUUAUUCUGAGAAGACAUCUUUUUAAAAAUUCUUUAUAAGGCCAUUUUGGAAGUGUCUUUAAUGUACUCGUUACAGAUAUUUGUGAAACUCGUUCCAUUCAUCACAGCCCACAAUAGCAAUAUCUUAUCUCACAUAGAAGUAUACUCAUAUAGUUUCAAAUUGUUCAGUGGCCACCAUUGUUGGAGAGAGCAGGAAGAAAAGUAUCGCAGGUUCUCUUUAUCUCUGUACGAUGGCUGCCUGGACCAUUAAUGAUGUUUCUUUUCUUAUUACCACCCACACAUCACCCAGGUGGGACAAUAUUCUCAAAUUCGCACGCCAGUGAAGCAUUUAGCACGACAAACAAAAACCACAUGCACACCGAAGACGUAACCUGGGAGGGAUGACAACUAGGAACACGGCCAUUUGUGUUGAACGAUACCUGUGCUUCAAGUGAAAACUUUCCCCCAAAAGACGAGCUACAUUCAGCCAGCUUUGACAUUCUAAUGCUAACACCGCUUUAGGCCAUAAUAGAAAAAAUUAAAUAAAUAAAACCUUAACUGUAAUGCCCAAUCCUGCCCAAUCUGUAACCCCCCUUUCCUCUACGUAUUCCUUUCUUAACCUGGCUGUGGGUAAAAACAAAAUAGCUGUACCUUUACAGAAGUUUUAAAAGCCAAUCAAAAAAUCUAAUCUGCCUUACAUUGUUUCCUCACAAAAGGUGUAAAAAAAAUACAAACCAAUAGAAAAAAUAAAAAUGUGCAUGCUUCACUAUGAAUGGUUUCAAGGCAGAAAAACACACACAAAAAAAAAAAAAAAACAGUCCAAAUGCAAACCAGUCCCUCCUUGAAAUUCUAUUCAGUGGCAUAGCGCAUUUACAAUUUCAUUUAAAAAGUCUUUGUCAUAAAAAAUAUUCACUUCUUUUCUCAAAAUAAGGACAAACUGGUAGAGACUGGUUUGAAAUUGUGCCCAAAACUACAAGGUUGUCUGGUAAAAUAAAUAAGCCCUUCCCUCGCUGCCCCUAUUUGGCUGGCCACCUGUUAAAGGUUUCAGGUUCUACUAGCAUCUUGAUUGACAAAAUGUUACAGAAAAAGAAGAAAAAAAAAAGACAAAAAGACAUACAAUGAUCUUAAAGCUACUAACAAAUUUUGCAUAAUGUCUCUAGCAUAAACAUUACAAGCAUACAUUCCACAAAGAUACUUGUGCUGCAAUCGUGAUUCUGAAUUUCUUUGUGGCUUUUAGAAAAAUCAAACUCUAUUAUUUGCCACCUCGGCUGUCCACCAAACGAUCAUCAUUCUCUUUGGACGAUGGAAAUUCCAGCAAGAGCUCAUGAGUGGCUGAUGCAGCCAUUAACGUAAAAACCGGCAACUGAUUUGAGAUCGCUUUCAUGAAUAAUUACACACAGUACAUCUGUCCAUGGUCAUCUUCAAUACAUGACAAGUUGACCCAAUAAUAAUCUGUAAGAUUUCAUACAUUUAUAUAAAACAAUAUUUAAAAAAAAAAAAAGAUUUUAGAAAACUAAAAUGAUACUGUGUUUAUAGAUUGGACUCUUGUCGAUAAAGCGGUUGUGUGGUCCGUUCAGACAUUGGAGGAGACGUUUCUAUUGGUCAACAGUCCUAAAUCCUCCAACACAGAAUUCUACAUCCACUGGAUAAAGGCCAUUCUUUUCUUUAAGUGUCGGACACGGUGGUCAAUACUCUGUGUGCUAAUGUACCAAAUAAAACAGCAACUCAUUGAUUAGCUAUGGGUGUUCUAUAGACAUAUCUGUACCCAGCCAUGAUGACACAGUCUCAACCGUCUAUGGCUCACAAAGUGGCUUAAUGGAGACGACUUGAUCCGUUGAAAAUUUAAGAGUCCCCUUUCACUGUUUGUUCAAAUCUGCCAGUGGCGUUACAAAUAGAACAGAGUGAGUACCAGACCGGCUGCUCCUUUAGUCCUUUGCAGCAGGAAACAGUCAUUUUUCAGGAGCCUACAGUCAUGAAUAAUGUCCAACUCAGGUAAGAGAUAAGUGGAAGCAGUCCUGUGGCUUUUACUCCCCUUCUUUG